AUGGGUCAAAUUAUAUGUGUUGUAGGGAAAUGGAAAUGGCGGUGGAAAUGGAAAUGGCGGAGGAAUGAAAGUGGCGGUGAAAAUGGAAAUGGUGGCGGGUAUGGUUAUGAAGCAUCAACAGUAGGAUAUGGAGGUGCUGGUGGAAAUAAUGUUGGUGGAGCUGGACAUGCAGGUGAAAAAGGAAAUGGAAAUGGCGGUGGAAAUGGAAAUGGUGGCGGAUAUGGGUAUGAUGCAUUAAAAGUAGGAUAUGGCAGUGUAGGUGGAAAUAAUGGUGGAGUAGGAAAUGACGAUGGAAAUGGCGGUGGAAAUUGGAAUGGUGGCGGAAAUCGAAAUGAUGGCGGAUAUGGUUAUGGAGCAUCAAAAGUAGGAUAUGGUGGUGCUGGUAGAAAUUAUGAUGGUGGAGCUGGACAUGGAGGUGAAAAUGGAAAUGGAAAUGAUGGUGGACAUGGAAAUAGAAAUGGCGGUGGAAAUGGAAAUGGUGAUGGAUAUGAUUAUGGAGCAUCAAAAAUAGGAUAUGGCGCUGCAGGUGGAAAUAAUGGUGGAUGA